AUAGCGUGUACACCACCUCCUUUGAUCCGGCGUCGUUUCAGUCUCACGGCACAAAUUAACCGUUGACCGUCGUAUUCUAAUACGUAUUUGGUUGUACAAAUAUACUCUUAUAUGGAUCUACAUCUUCUCUCCAUUCUCUGACUCGUUUCACUCGCAAAGCAACUUGCGUCACGAGCUCCUCGUCUCUCUCUAUCUUUCACGAUUCUGCAGUGGGAUUGGUACUUUUGCUUGUGAGAUUUUGGUGGGCUGUGUUCAAAGUUGAAGCUUCGUUAAUGGAGGCGGCGGCGACACGGGUCAGAUGAAGGUUACCGGUAAACUGCACUCGACGGCGGUGCCGGCGACGGCAUUUCUGGCCUCGGAGGCGCUGGUGCAAACUACUGGCUCAGAUCUCAAGGCGAUCCACAGAGCUACCACCGUCACGAGACGCAAGGCGCGAAACCCGAGCUUGACACGUCAGCGAAGAUCCGGAGCUCUCGGCGGACGCCGGAGUCGGCCGGAGACUCCUCUGUUGAAAUGGAAGGUUGAAGAUAAGGCCAAGGAGCGAAGCAAUGGCGUUGAAGAUGAUGAUUUCGAGGACGCUGGGUGUAAUGAUCAGGAAACGGAGAGGGAGACUGCGCGGCGCAGAGGUCGGAGGAAAAGUGGAAAGCUGGUCUCGGUGAGGAAAAUCGCCGCCGGACUAUGGAGGUUGCAGGUGCCCGAAUCCAUCUCCGGCGGCGGAGAGAGGAGGAGCAGAGAUCGGUUAGGGUUUCAGGGAGGUACUGGAUACAUGGGUGUUCCAUUUCUUUAUCAUCACAGCAACAAACUCCAUGGACAUCAAAGCAGCAAUGCAAUAAGACAGAGUCCUAGUUCUGUCGCCGCAACCAAAAAUGGAUUUUUGCGCAAGCCCGAGCCAUCAAUUCCAUUUCCCCACUCUGCGAUGGAAGGGGCGACAAAAUGGGAUCCUGUCUGCUUGGAUACAAUGGAUGAAGUACACCAAAUCUACAGCAACAUGAAGCGGAUUGACCGGCAAGUGAAUGCUUUUUCUUUGGUUUCGUCACUUGAAGUAGAACUGGAGGAGGCUCAUGCUCGAAUUGAUGAGCUUGAGAACGAGAAACGGUCACAGAAAAAGAAGCUUGAACAGUUUCUGAGGAAAGUUAGCGAGGAGAGGGCAGCAUGGCGGCACAGGGAGCAUGAGAAGGUCCGAGCAAUCAUCGAUGACAUGAAAGCCGACAUGAAUCGGGAAAAGAAAACUCGUCAGAGAUUAGAAAUCGUCAAUCUAAAGCUAGUUAAUGAGCUUGCAGACACAAAGCUUGCAGUAAAGCGUUACAUGCAGGAUUACGAAAAGGAAAGGAAGGCGAGGGAAUUGAUUGAGGAGGUUUGCGAUGAGCUUGCAAAGGAAAUAGGAGAUGAUAAAGCCGAGAUUGAAGAGUUGAAGAGGGAAUCGAUGAAACUCAGAGAGGAAGUAGAAGAAGAAAGGAAAAUGCUACAGAUGGCCGAGGUCUGGCGUGAAGAACGUGUCCAGAUGAAGCUUAUCGACGCGAAAGUAGCUCUUGAAGAGAAGUAUACACAAAUGAAUAAGCUUGUCGAAAAUCUGGAAGCCUUCCUCAGAUCAAGAUGCGGAACCACAGACGUGAAGGACGUGAGAGAGGCGGAAUUACUUCGAGAAGUUGCUGCAUCUGUUAAUAUCCAAGAAGUCAAGGAAUUUACAUAUGAACCCCCGAAUUCUGACGAUAUCUUCUCUGUGUUCGAAGAUAUGAAUUUGGGUGAAGCCCACGAUAGAGAAAUCGAGCAAUGUGGCGCUUACAGUCCUGCCAGCCACGCCUCGAAGGUUCAUACAGUCAGUCCUGAUAUCAAUAUGACCAACAAAGAGCGACAUUCUAACGCGUUUACUGAUCAGAAUGGAGAAAUAGAGGAAGAUGAAAGCGGGUGGGAAACAGUUAGCCAUCUUGAAGAACAAGGAUCAAGCUACUCACCCGAUGGGAGCAUCCCUUCGGUCAACAAGAAUCAUCGUGACUGUAACAUAUCCAUGAGCGGCUCGGAAUACGAAGGAAAAGGGUACGAAGACACUCCAGUUACAGAAAUAAGCGAAGUGUGUUCUGUCCCGAGGAGGCAAUCCAAAAAGGUAUCGUCGAUAGCAAAGCUCUGGAGGUCGGGUGGAAACAACGGGGAAAGCUACAAGAUAAUAUCAAUGGAUGGAUUGAACCCAAGGUUUUCGAACACGAGAAAAUCAAACGUGGGGGUCGUCAUUUCACCCGAGAGAAGCUCAAGCAAGGGAGGAGGAGGAUUCAGCCCAAUGGACUUGGUCGGGCAAUGGAGUUCACCUGAUUCAGCGAUGAACCGAGGGAUGAAAGGGUGCAUUGAGUGGCCGAGGGGUGCACAGAAGAACAGUUUGAAGGCGAAACUCAUAGAAGCACGGAUCGAAAGCCAGAAGGUCCAGUUGAAGCAUGUUCUUAAACAGAAGAUUUAGGUUAAUUGCUCUAUCAUCUUUCGAGCCUGAGGCCGAGUCAGAGGUUUUGCAAGACCGAGCAAGGAAAACCCGUCAUGGAAUUGUUUAGAUGUCAGUAAUAAUAAACUUCCCCGUGACGCAGCCGAGCCAGCGAGCUGUCCGUCUUCGCAGUGCAUGUAUCGUAUCGUAUGUUUUUUUGUUACCAUUGUUAACGGAGACUCUUAUACUGUUAUGUCAAUGUUCGUUCAUCGAUAUAGUUCCUUUUCUCGUCGUG